CAUGGAUGUUUGAAUACACACAAUUAGAAACUAUUCAACGCCCAUAUAAGGCAAUUCAAGAUUUUCAAUUAAAAACUUGCUAAAUCUGCACCCUUGUGAUUCUCCACCUCCAUUACUAUAUAUGACCCUCGUUAGGUUCAAUGAAAAUUCUCUACCUCCAUCUCCAUUACUAAAAACAGAGACAUACAACACCAAAAUCUUCUUCUUCACCAACAUAUUCACUUUCACAGCAAAAAAAAACGAGAGGUUCUCUCUUAUUCGUACCGUUUUAGCAAACAAAUGGGUCGGAGAAAGAUCAAGAUGGAGAUGGUUCAGGACAUGAACACACGACAGGUUACCUUUUCAAAACGGAGGACUGGUUUGUUCAAGAAGGCGAGCGAGUUAGCCACGCUCUGCAACGCUGAGUUGGGCAUCGUUGUCUUUUCACCAGGAGGCAAGCCUUUCUCCUACGGGAAACCGAAUCUUGAUUCUGUUGCAGAGCGAUUCAUGAGAGAAUAUGAUGAUUCAGACAGUGGCGAUGAAGAAAAAAGUGGUAAUUACAGGCCUAAACUGAAGAGGCUGAGUGAACGUCUCGAUUUGCUCAACCAAGAGGUUGAAGCUGAGAAGGAACGAGGCGAGAAGAGUCAGGAGAAGCUUGAAUCUGCUGGGGAUGAGAGAUUCAAGGAGUCCAUUGAGACGCUUACCCUCGAUGAACUCAAUGAAUACAAAGAUAGGCUUCAGACAGUCCAUGGUAGGAUUGAAGGUCAAGUCAAUCACUUGCAGGCUUCGUCUUGCCUCAUGCUUCUCUCCAGAAAAUAGCUAGACCGACUUGUUAGAGUUACAUUCUAUUUUUUGUAUCAGCCUACAGAACUUACCAACACAUGAAAGUUAUUGCUGGUGUAGAAUUUUCUGUCAUCUAUGGGGUGUGACUUUCUAUUUGACAUCAAAUGAAAAUGUACCUGGAAAUUUGUCUGUAUUAAUCUCAAGUGUACUUGCUAAACUUGAUCAGCUUUUUCGUCACUCUGCAGUCUGGAAUUUUUGUUUCAAACAGAAUCGAGACAAUAAAAAGAAACAGUAAAACCCUU